CAUCUGGUGAAUCUCACAUGACAUUCUGUGUUGCUUCUCUUAAUAAUUAUUAAGAGAAGCAACACAGAAUGUCAUGUGAGAUUCACUAGCUGAAUGUCCUACACAAGGAAUUUAAGAAGCCUUACAAGACUUGAUCAUAUCCCAAAACCAUGGCCGAGAGAGUGACGACAAAAGAAGCUCUCAAGAAACUCGAUGCUCAACUCAAAUGCUCCCUUUGUCUCGAUACUUUCAAGCAGCCGAAACUCUUGCCUUGUUUUCAUGUGUUUUGCAAGUCCCCGUGUCUGGAGAAACUAGUGACUAAGGAUGGACGCUCCCUCACUUGUCCCACCUGUCGACACAUUGUCCCACUGUCAGAGAGGGGAGUGGCUGGACUGCAAUCAGACUUCCACAUCGACCACUUGUUUGAGAUACAAGAUGCUUUCAACAAGGCCGAAAACAACAAUGAUAUGAACUGUGGCAGCUGUGAGGAUGGCAAAGCCACCGGAUACAGUAACGACUGUGGGGACUUUUUGUGUGAGGAAUGUCAAACUGCUCAUAAGAGACUCAAAUACACGAGGAAUCAUUAUCUCAUUUCGCUCAACGCACUCAAAGCUCAAAUGACGGGCCUGGUUCCCCCCCAAAAAUCCGCCCCCAAUUGCCCCGAACACUCGAAGAAUGACCUCAAGAUAUACUGCGAUACUUGCUCCACUCUCAUUUGCAUGGACUGCACCAUUCAUCUACACAAAGACCACAACUAUGACCUGGUGGCUGAUGUGCUGACCAAGCACAAGGAAGAACUUGUCUCCAGUCUCAAACCAGUCAAAAACUAUUCAGCCAGAGACAAAGGCUGACAUGGAACUGACCACAAAAGGAAAAGAACCUCUUCAACAAGCUUGCCGAAGUUUCCUAGAGGUUGAUCACAGUGGAUCAUUCAGCUUAGAGAACAGCCACACGACAGGAGAUGGUCUGAAAGGUGCUAUAACUGGAGAAACAAAAACUGUAUCGUUUCAAGCAAAAACCAAGAGUAACAAGAAAUUCAACGGCAAAAGCAACCUCAAAGCUGAACUUGUGGAUAUCGUGAGCAAAGACAUAUUGAAAUGUGAAGUGAUCGAUCAACAACACGGUCAACACAAGAUCAACUAUCGCCCAAUGAAACGAGGAAAGCAUGAACUACACAUCACUGUCAAUGGGAACGCAGUACGAGGCAGUCCAUUCCCAAUAGCUGUAGCCCCAUCACCACAGAGCUUCAUCAAGCCUUCCCGAGUUGUACGAGGUGUGAACAAGCCACGAGGCACUGUCUCCAACAGUAAGGGAGAGUUAGUUGUUGUUGAAGGUGGUGGAGCUACUAUCUCUGUAUUGACACCAGAGGGUGAGAAGAUACGAACAUUCGGAAAGCUGAAUACUGCAUAUGGAGUGACUGUGGACAAAGACGACAACAUCUAUGUAGUGGAGAACAGCAAUCAUCGUGUGAAUAAAUUCUCAUCCGACAGAGAGUUUGUGGCAGCUGUUGGUAGUGCAGGCAAUGGUAACCUUCAGUUUAGUAGCCCAGCUGGUAUUUAUUAUAACAGAAAAGACAACAACCUGUAUGUGCCUGAUCAGCUUAACCACAGAAUACAAGUGUUCUCUACUGAACUGAAGUUUGUGCGGUGUUUUGGUACACAAGGCAAUGGGAACGGACAAUUACAGCAACCACUGUAUGCAUCAUUUGAUAGUGCCGACAACCUCUAUGUGAUUGACUUUGCUAACCAUCGAGUACAAGUCUUCACUGCUGAAGGUCAAUUCUUGAGAGCCUUCUCACAAAAAGCCAACGGUCAGAAGCUGAGUUAUCCCUAUGCCAUAGCCAUCGACAGUAGUGACACAGUGUACGUCAGUGAGAAUGGACCACAUCAUGUGAGUGUGUUCACAUCUCAGGGAGCCUACAUCACCACAUUUGGUGGGCCAGGAACGGAAGAGGGACAGUUUAAUGGAAUUUAUGGACUCUCUAUUGAUCGCAAUGACUCUGUUGUUGUAUCCGAUCGUAACAACAGGCGACUACAGACAUUCUAACGAGAUAAGUAGUACAAGCAAAUAAGUGGAUUGUGUAUGUUUGUAGUUUAGUGUGAAAAUGUUAGUUUAUAUGCAUUAUAUCAGCUGUGAAUAAGUCUGUUAUGAAAUGAGAGAACAAUGUCUACUUCUCUAGCUAGAUCUAGUCUCCUAAUUCCAUUCAAACUCAGCAUGUCAUGACAGGAUGUAAUUAUUUGAUUUGACUUUAUCAACCUCCUACAUAUCCUAAGAGAUUAUACAUGUGUGUUCUUAAUUGUGUAAUGUGUGCAGUAAGUGUGCUAUUGUCAAAUUGACGUAUUUUUAUGCUCGUAGGGAGGGCAUUGACUAAAUACAUAAGUACGAGAGAGGCUACUGUACUACAGAACACGUUAUGUGUUCUUUAAUACUUACAUGGGCUGGACUGCUUUGCUCGUUCCAAACUAUUCCAGUGAGUCCACUUUUCCUCCCU